AAAAGAUUUAUUUUCAAUUUUCCUUAAUUUCAUUUCUACUACUUUUUGUCCCGAUUUCCUUGCAAAUUUCGCUUGAGGAGUUUACAACCUUGAGUCGUAGCCAGAAAGCAGCACUGGAUCAGUUUCGAAGUGCAGUUCAAUUCAAACUUCCACACCAAUACAUGACGAAAGAUGUCUACUUAAUACGGUGGUUGAGAGAGCAAAACUUUGACGUUUCUGGAGCAACCAGUCGUAUUUUGAAAGAUGUCCAGUGGCGAGAAGACAACGACAUUGACCACAUUUUGCAAGAAGACUGGUCCGAUUUCGACCGCGAGUAUCGAGUUCUCAUUGAAGGCUGUGAUAAAACGGGACGACCCGUCAUUUCAAUUCCGGUCGGAGAUUGGGACCUGCGCCGUGCCAUCGUCGCCGGGCAGUCGGAGCGUCUCAAGAGAUAUUUCAGCAAACUGUUCGAAGAGGCGUCCACGUUGACGAGAAAGUUUCAAGAAAAUGGACAAAAUGCGACGCAAGGAACGAUCAUUUUCGACAUGGGAAAUUUCAAUUUAAUUCAACAGGGAUGUUUACGAUGUAUACCGAUAUUUUUCCACAUUUUGGCCGUUUAUGAGCAGCAUUAUCCAUAUUUCGCACAUAAGGUUAUCUCUGUAAACACUCCAGAAUUUGCACUCCCAAUUUACAACAUGUUUAAAGGUAUCUUGUCCAAACAUGUGACCGAAGUGUUACACAUUUUUGGCAGAAACAAGAAAAAGUGGCAGCAAUUUUUGCUCGAGGAAAUUGAUGCGUCCCAACUUUCGAAAAAUUUGGGUGGAAAAAAUUUAGAAGCUUUGGAUUACGCGGAUUUGAGGGGUGUAAAUAUUUCGCGGUACAUUUGUGCAGAAAUGGACUUCCUUCGUCAUUGAUGUAAAUUACAAAUUUAUUAAAAUGUUUAUACGCACUUGUAUGAAAUCAGUUAAUGGAAAACAUUUAAAAAGUUUAACAUUGUAAAUAUACACUAAUUGCUCAUCAA